CUUUCGCUCCCUUUGUUUAUUCUUGACCGCAGACAAGAAAUUCCCCUCGAAAUCCCCUCCAGUCCAAGGGAACCCUAUUUUGGAAACAAUUCAGAAUCCCAGGCUCCGGUUCCCAAAUCUGAUUGAUCGCACGCAAUAAGUAUCCUCCGUCGUCGCCCCAUACCCUAGUUUCCAAUUCGAGAUCUCCUCGUUGAAUCUGAAGGGAGUGCCGCAACCCUAAAUCUCCAAGUUCCCUGGUUCCGGGUCAAGAAAGCUAGAAGGAGAUGGUUUUCUACUUCAAGGCCCGGCCCGAGGCGGGGGAUUAUACCAUCUUCAUGGGGCUGGACAAGUACGAGAACGAGGAGCUCAUCAAGUACGGGUUUCCUGAGGAUAUAUGGUUUCAUGUGGAUAAAAUGUCCUCUGCUCAUGUUUAUGUCAGAUUGAAAAAAGGUCAGACUAUUGAUGAUAUAAGUGAAGUUCUGCUAGAAGAUUGUGCCCAGCUCGUUAAAGCCAAUUCGAUUCAAGGCAAUAAAGUGAACAAUGUUGAUGUUGUUUAUACUCCAUGGUAUAAUUUGAAGAAAACUCUUUCAAUGGAUGUUGGUCAAGUUGGUUUCCACAAUCCUAAGAUGGUCCGUACUGUAAGGGUGGAAAAACGCAUAAAUGAGAUUGUUAACAGGUUGAACAAGACAAAGGUGGAGAGAAAGCCAGACUUGAAAGCUGAGCGAGAAGCUGUUAAUGCGGCUGAAAAAGCAGAAAGAAAGCUUCAGUUAAGAGAGAAAAAACGGAGAGAGGAGAUGGAGAGGCUUGAGAAGGAGAGACAGGCAGAGAUAAGGAGCUACAAGGGCCUGAUGGUGUCAGAAAAGAUGACAUCCAACAAACAAAUUGCAUCGGCUAACAAAUCCCUGCAAGAACUGGAAGAAGACUUCAUGUAAGUGCGGCGCAUUACUCAUGGCUGGUAGAAAGCUCCAACUUUGGAAGCUCCACAUGAUCGGUGCAGCAAGUUGAAUGAUACAGGUCACUUUGACACAAAUUAUGUUCUGAUGACUUAAUUAAGCCACCAGCUUCAGACCUGUUUGUUAUCACCAGUUGUCAACAAGCAAUGUGAUCAUUUAUCAGUUGUGGUUGAUACAAGUAAUUUAUUACACAGAUGAUGAAAGACUAAUGAUUUAGAUUGCCUUAUGUUUGUCAUUAGAAUGAUUAUUUUCCAUUCUACCAAGCUGAAGCCAAAUCUGAGCUUUUUU